AAAGAAAAAAAAAUCACAGGCAGCAAACGACGGCGAGAGAAAACAGCGAGGGAAACGUGCAGAAAGAGGUGAAAGCGAGCAGACAAAUGGAAAAAGCUGAAAACUGAAGCGGGAAGCAGGGAAAUACAGAAUCAAACUCUUUAAACAGUUUCCUCACAACGAUGCCGCUCCACAAAUCAUCAUCCAAAGCCCAUCGCCUGGACCCUACCAUGAUUUCGGCCCCUCUGGGUGACUUCCGUCACACCAUGCACAUUGGGAGGGGAGGAGAUGCCUUUGGCGACACCUCCUUCCUGUCCACCGUUGGCCCAAGCCCGACCACGUCCGAGCUGAGCAGUUCUGGGAUCAGCCCUGUCGCGGAACCUGGGGUGUCGGUCAACAAUGGCAGUCUUCGUUCAGCGUCUUUUUCUGGAGGGAGUCAGCUUAAGCACUCUGAUUCAGAGUCUGAUUCAUUCACCCUGGACCUAGACCUGGACCUAGACUUGGACCUGGGCCCGUCGAUGCUUGGGGACGUAUUAGGGGUGAUGGAUGGCGUGGCGCCUGACUCAAAUGUGGACAACGUGUUCAGCCCCCUACGUGAGAUCCCUGCAGCGGAGACAAAGCAGGUCAGGAGGGGGAUGGAGAUGUCUGUGAACGAGCUGAACGAGAACCAGGCAGAGGACAUCAGGACGCCGGACGAGAACGGGUUCAAACCCAGGGCUCCGCGACCAAAAGUGAGGUUCAGCGACAAGCGAGAGGAGAUCAUCCGCCAGGCGUCCGAGGAGGAAGAGGGCCAGACCUUUGACUUCCAGAGCAACAAUCAGGUGGCGUGUCACAGUCCGGUGAGGGGCGAGAGCGACAGGAGGAAAGGUGAACCCGAGCUCACCAAUCACAGAGCGGAUCUGCCUCCCAGUCCGGCCUCAUCACACAGCUCAGAGUAUGAAGGAGUCGCUCCGUUGGACAGGAGGAGGUCUGAGAGCUCAGAGACUGAUUCAGAAGAGGAAGAGGAGGGAACAGGACGAGGCUACACGUUUGAAGAUGAGUUUGAUGACGAUGAUGAAAUUGUUGUAUAAACAUUGAUCUCUCACAAACAAACAAACACAUCUUGCUGUAAAGUAUAUUGUAUUUUUAUUAUCUGAAACCAAACAGGGAUUUUAAAAAACAGCAAUGAUCCAGAGACAGAGACAGUUCAGAUCUUUGGAUUCUGUGGAAAGGUGAUGAACAAUCAGUAUCUUACCUGUUGUAACAAGUUGAAUAUCCUCAGUUUGGAAAAACAAGUUAAUUUCCAUCAGACUGACAAACUAAUGGCUAGUCUGAUUUGAUAGCUGCUGCCGUCUUAAAGCUACAAUACAGUACAUGCAAAGUUACAGUUCUGAAAUGCUGGUACACACUCAAUGUAGACGAAACAGAAUUCACCAAAAACCUCAUGGAAGGUUGAGUUGAGUACAUGUACUACAUUCGACUCCAUUUGGGUAAACAAAAAUGGCAAAACUGAAUAAGAGUAGAAUCUUCAAGAAUCUUGGAAUCUGCUGGUAAAAUCACAAAAGGAGAAAUAAUGAAUAAAACAGCUGUGAAGAAUACUUGUAAAUAAAAUUAGUCCUAACGUUGAUCCAAAUCCUACUUUAUUUUACACAGCCAUUCAUUGUACAUUACAGAGUUAUACUGGCAGAAAUAUUAGCAGCUAGCAUCAAAAGCUAUCUGCUAGCUGUUGCUGUUAACGAUUAUAUGACCCUAGAAGUAAAUGUGUAUUCUGAGUUUUUGGUGAUACAAAGUUUAUAAAGCAGCAUUUGCCUGAAGCGCUAUGAGAGUGUUAAGAUUAGAAUUGUUUUAAGACGUCAGAAAUUCACUUUGCUCUUGGCUUUCUUCUGAUUCACUGGAUUAGCUUUCUGUUUUGUUUACUUCAGAAGUCAAAUUCGGAGAUGACAUUAGCAUGUUCCAGGUGCAAGUCGGAAAACCAUUAGAAUUUGUCAGUAGGUUGUGCUCAGUGACCUUUAACUUUAGCUGUUAGAACCAAAAACAAUGGAUUUCUCUGCAUUCUGUGCAUUGAGGCGCUGCAGCAACUGCAUCACUGAUGGGGGUUAAACACUAUGGGUGUGUCUGGUUUGCUGAGACUUACAAAAGUGGGAAAAAAAGCAACAUUAUUAAAUUGUUAUUUGCAGUCAGCCAUAUUGGGAUUUUGAGGUCAGGGCUGAUCAGGCAUGUCAGACUUCUCAAGGUGGAAUUUCACCUUUUUGGGGGGCGUAACAUUUGAUUUUAACUCAUAACUCAGAAGAUCCUAAUUUUGAGUAUGAAUGGAACACAGCAUUAAACUAUUUCCACAAGAUGAGGGUCAUUAUCUAUACUGUACAUGUUAAUGUUUAAGACACGUGGAAGUCUUGAAAGCGGAAAAAGUAGCUUUAUUUUAGUAUUUAGGACACUUGAAGGGCCUAAAAGUUGGAAAAAACCUUUUUUUUCAUUGUUUAAAACACUUGGAAAGGAGGGAGAGAAGAAAACUGUCUUAAUUAAGUUCUUAAAGAAACUUGGAAUAAAGAAAAAAUAAUUAAUUGAGUUGUUGCACACACUUGGAAAGAAGAA